UCACGUGAUGCGGGCGCGGUGGCUCACGUGACGGGCGCUACCGGCCGCGGGGUCUUGUCGGUGCCGGCCCCUUAGCAGCUGGUCCUGUCGCGUCUUUGGACGCCGCUCUUAGCCGUGCUGCCCGCCGCUCCAGGCUCGCGCCUCCGUCGUCCCUGCUUACCGGCCUCGGCGCCUCGCGCUAUGGCAAUUUCCCGCGGCGUCCGGCGGCCGCUGCUGCUGCUGCUGCUGUUCGCAGGCCUCACAUAUGGCGCCUCGGCAGUAUUUGAGGUUGUAGACAGCAAUGGGACAGUUUGUAUCAUGGCCAACUUCUCUGCCACUUUCUUGACCAGCUACGAGACUGAGCAUGGUUCUAAGAAUACGACCUUUGACCUGCCUCAUUCCGCAAAAGUACUGAACAGCAGCUCAUGUGGAGGAGGCAAUGCCUCCAAGCUGGCCAUCGCCUUUGGAGAUGGACAUUUGCUGACCCUCCAUUUCACACGGAACACCACCCGCUACCGUGUAGAGCUCCUGCGCUUUGUGUAUAACUUGUCAGAUACGCAGCUCUUCCCCAACGCAAGCUUCAAGGAAAUCAAGACUGAGGAAUCCAUGACAGACAUUCUGGCAGACAUAGACAAAAAAUACCACUGUGUCAGCGCUACCCAGGUGCACAUGAAGAAUGUGACUGUCACACUCUACGAUACCACCAUCCAGGCCUACCUGUCCAACAGCACUUUCAGCAAGGGAGAAACGCGCUGCAAGCAGGACCUGCCGCCACCAACCCUUGCACCACCCACACCACCUAGCCCCUCGCCCAGCCCCGCAUCUCCGAGCCCCUCCACACAUAGGUACAAUGUGAGCGGCCAUAAUGGGACCUGCCUGCUGGCCAGCAUGGGGCUGCAGCUGAACAUCACCUACCCACGGAAGGACAACACGACCGUGACCAGAGUGGUCAACAUCAACCCCAACGUAACCACUGCCUCAGGGAGCUGUGGCACCAGCUUGGUGUCCCUGGAGCUGAAGAGUGAAGAGAGCCUGCUGGUCUUGCGCUUUGGCUUGAACGCGAGUGCCAAUCGGUUCUUCCUGCACGAAGUCCAGUUGAACAUGACUGUCCCUGAUGCCAGAGGGCCCAGCUUCUCCGCGGCAAACAGCUCCCUGAGAGCCCUGCAGGCCACUGUGGGGAACUCUUACAAGUGCUCGGCUGAGGAGCGGCUGCACAUCACACCCGCCUUCGUGCUCAACCUCUUCAGUGUUCAGGUCCAGGCUUUCAAGGUCGAAGGAGACAGGUUUGGUUCCGCGGAGGAAUGUCUGCUGGAUGGCAACAACAUGCUGAUCCCCAUUGCUGUGGGCGGCGCCCUAGCGGGGCUCGUGCUCAUCGUGCUCAUCGCCUACCUCAUUGGCAGAAAGCGGAGUCACGCCGGCUACCAGACCAUCUAGAGAGGGCAGUGGGAUGCCGAAGACACUGCAGGCGGGGCCUCUCUGCGUCCCGGGCAUGCAGGCGGGCAGGCGUGCGUGGCGAGGUGUGGCGUGGCAUGGAGGGAGGCACACUUUCUGGCAAACUGUUCUCAAAUCUGCUUACAAAUGUGAAGUUCAUCUUGGCAACAUUUACUAUGCACAAAGAGUUAAUAUUGAAAUGACGGUGUUAAUUUUGCUAACCGGGUUAAAUAUUUUGCUAACUGGUUAAACGUUAAUAUUUACCGAAGUAGAACUCUGCAGAGGGCAAGAGUGCUUUUCUGAAUUGGCAUGGGCUCCACUCAUUCAAUGUUUUAAAAUUUGGUGUUGGUUCCUUUAUUCUUUGCUCCAAUUUAGGCCUUGCAGAUGUGUGGUCUGAACACUGUGGACCGACAGGGCUGGGGUGGCUGGUCCCAAGGCUGGCAUGCCAGGGAGUUCAGACCAGCAAAGCGGGAACGCCGUGGUGGUCCCUGGGGCAUCUGGAAGCUUGGGGCAGCUUUGGGCCAAGAUGGUCAGGUCCAACCGGGUGUGACCUCCACGUGCCUACACCCGCUGCCAUAGAGCUGCUGCUUUUUUAGGCGUUGGAAUGGGGUUACUUUCGUUGACUUGUGAUGUGGUUUCUGGUCUCCUGUUGGCAUCAGGUAGCCUGUCGUGCACUGUACACUGAUGGACUUACUCUGCUGACGCCUUUGCUGUGCCCGCAGCUGGACAUGGAGCCCGGCUCUGUGUGUUGUGCUGCCUGUAACGAUGCUAAUAAACAGUCUCUUUCUUCGUC